AUGACCACCGUACCAAAACCAGGCCCGGCAAACCUUCGGCCAGGCGCCGGGCUGGACGAGUGGCUCGAGGAAGCCAAGCAAUGUCACUAUCUACCCGAGCACGUCAUGAAGCAGCUCUGCGAGAUGGUCAAGGAGGUUCUGAUGGAGGAGUCCAACAUUCAACCCGUCGUCACUCCCGUCACAAUAUGCGGCGACAUCCACGGCCAGUUCUACGACCUACUGGAGCUGUUCCGCGUAGCCGGUGGCAUGCCCGGCGAGUCGAAUGUCCAGGCGCCCAUGACGAGCACAACAGUGAUUUCGUCUGAAGACAUUGAGCCGCCGACAGAAAUCACGAACCCGAAGUUAAAGGCGAUGGUAAAAAAUGCGGGGGCGGCGGGGGAGGGCGAGGCCGGUAACGACGGCGGCGGCGGCGGCAGCGGCGACGACACCAUUAUAGAGCCGCAAGAGGAAACCGCACACUCCGCGCCACCCGCCGAUGCUGGCGUGCAGUCAGCCGACACCCGCUUUGUCUUCCUCGGCGACUUUGUCGACCGGGGCUACUUCAGCUUGGAGACCUUUACGCUCCUCAUGUGUCUGAAAGCAAAAUACCCCGACAGGAUAGUCCUCGUCCGCGGCAACCACGAGUCGCGCCAAAUAACACAGGUGUACGGAUUCUACGAGGAGUGCCAGCAGAAGUACGGGAACGCGUCGGUAUGGAAGGCCUGCUGCCAGGUAUUCGACUUUCUCGUGCUUGCGGCCAUCGUGGACGGGACGGUGCUGUGCGUGCACGGCGGGCUGAGCCCGGAGAUCCGCACCAUCGACCAGAUCCGCGUGGUGGCGCGCGCGCAGGAGAUCCCCCACGAGGGCGCCUUCUGCGACCUGGUCUGGAGCGACCCGGAGGACAUCGAGACGUGGGCCAUCAGCCCGCGCGGCGCCGGCUGGCUGUUCGGCUACAAGGUCGCCACCGAGUUCAACCACGUCAACGGCCUGCAGACCAUCGCCCGCGCCCACCAGCUAGUGAACGAGGGGUACAAGUUCCACUUCCCCGAAAAAUCCGUCGUCACCGUCUGGUCGGCGCCCAACUACUGCUACCGCUGCGGCAACGUGGCCUCCAUCAUGACGGUUCCGUCGACCACGGCCGACAGCCGCCUCGACGCCAGCACGCGCUUCUCCAUCUUCUCGGCCGUGCCCGACGACCAGCGCCACAUCCCCGGCGGGCGGCGCGGCGCGGGCGAUUACUUCCUUUAG